CAUUUCCCCCCCAAUCCACUCGGAACGUAUCUAAAUUUUGUGUAGCUUCUACGGAGGCUACAUAAAAUGUUUAUUCACAAGGCGGAUUUUAGUCCAACGAGUAUUUACAAAACAUUGAAGAAAGAAGAGUAAAUAAAGUAUAUAUCAGGGGAAGUGACAUGGAUCUUACUGUACAUGGUUCCAAAGGAAAAACACAAAUGGUGGUUGACAAUGGCAGUACAUCAAAUGUUCAUGAUGACGACAGAAAUGUCCGAGGAACAGAACUUGAUGUCUUUACUCUUAAGAAUCACCUUUCUGGUGGAAAAUCUCUACAGUUAUCCUGUGCAGAAGCUCGUGUUAUUGGCCCCCGGGAUGAUGAGGAUUUGCAGACACUCCAAAGAGAUUUUGCAAAUCUGAAUCCAAAAAGUCCACUUAGUCCCCCUAACCUAGAUGUUCAAACAGAGGUUUGUAAUCCAUUUAAAGUUCAAGACCAGCUUGAUGGGAAACCUACAAAAGAUGCAAGGAGUGACCCAAGAUGUGACCCAAGAUUUAUUCCACAGACUACAACAAGAGCUUAUCAGCCAACAGACUCUCAACCAAGAUACGGACAACCUAGUGAUGCACGACAAUCACAUGGUAUGGUGGCACAAGCAUCAGGUGGUGUCAGACAACCAUCAAAAGUCCAGGUUGUAUCCAAUCAGGUAGAACUUAAUCAGAGAAAUGUUGCUGCUCAAAUACAGAAGCUGGUAGAGAACCCAAAUGACCCAGGGAGAGCAGAUCUAAUUAAAAGAAUUGUCAGACAAUACCAGAAAGCUAAGAGAUGUGUCCCUGUUGCACCAGAUACUGAUAUAGAGAAUACAUUUGAAGUACCAAAAGAGAAACAGUUCCAAGUGCAUGUUGUUCCUGAUGAUACACCAGAAGAAGAUAUGACCAUCACAAUCAGUGACGAUAAUUCAUUUCACGACAUCCGCCCGGAGAGUAAACCAUCGAUUGGAAAUGUACAACCACAACCCCAGUUGAGAACCUUGAGUUGUCAGCCGUCCAGUGCUGAUACAAAUGACAUUCACCCUACCAGAAUGGCUAUAGAACAACUAAAUCAAUCUAAUUAUUUCAGAAAGCAUGAAUUCAUGAAAGGAUAUGUAUUACCAGGCACACAGGAAUCGUUGUCACACUUAUUGAGAGUUUAUACUACACAGCCUGCAGAGUUAGCUAUUGGCUGUCACGGAAUUCUGACAACUCGAAACAACCAGCCAACUGAGUUAGGAGAAUAUGAAGAAUUCGAAGGUUAUGGCAAUGGUCAUAAAUUUAUCAAAAUUGCUGGUAAGGGAUCAUAUGGCUGUGUCAAACUUUGUCAAGACAACAUUACAAGAAUGGAAUUUGUUAAGAAAGAGAUAUUCAAGCAAGAUAACAUCUUCCUGUAUGAAGUAAGAAUCCUCAGUGAGCUCCACCACAUGAACAUUGCUGAACUGUAUGGAUUUGUAUUGAGAGAUGGGGUACCAGAAAUUCUUAUGGAAUAUGCAGGAAUAAGUCUGAUUGAGUACACCACAACAGCAGACGCUUCUUCUGAUGAUCUGAAGGAAGAAAAGAUCAUUGAUAUGUUAUACCAAGGAUUAUCUGCCCUUGAGUAUCUAGACAAAAAGGGGGUCAUUCAUUAUGACAUUAAACCCGAGAAUAUCUGCAUUCUUAAGAAAGAGAGUGACAUCUGCCUUAAAAUAACAGAUUUUGGAUCCGCCAAGAAAGUGACAGAACCUCCUGAUUUCAUGGGGUGUACAGUGGAGUACCUAUCUCCAGAAAUGGGGAUCCAGUUAAUCGCCUCUAAGUACCAGUCAGGAGUAAUGAGUCUAUUCAACUAUGAUCCAGCAGAUUUUGUUAUAUCAACCAAGUCAGAUAUUUUCUCCUUGGCAUUGUCAAUAAUGUUUAUCUACAGAAGAGGACAUGUGGUUAUCUCCCUUUUCAACAAUGGGAAGAUGUCGUACAAUGGCCUGGAUGCUGGCACAAUUAAUAAACUCAGACAGACCAUUCUUGUUUCUUUGGCAAAGAACCCGUCAUUAGUAAAGACUUGUCUGAUACCUGAUGCUUGCUGCAGUGAAAUGAAAUGCAUCCUUAAAGAUAUGGUGGAAGAAAUACCUCAUCAAAGACCUACAGCUACCCAACUUAAAAACACAAUGGACGACGUACUAAACAGGAAAAAGACACCAACAGUGAUGCCAUUUUUCAUUAGUUCAGGAUCGUUUAAUGAAGACAAACAUAUGAAUCUCACAAGACAACUUAGUUCUAAGAGUGCAGUACAGAAUACUGGUUACACAGGAGCUAUGAGAGGAAACAGCAUGACUUUCAAAAGGAGAAUAUCCCGAGAUCACAGUUCUCUCCCUUAUGGCUAUUCUACACCACAGAAAAUGGAGACCAAUGAUGUAGAAGUUUUAUCCUAUCUUCAGGAAGUGGUUCCCAAGUUUACACAGAUGUGAAUGAAAUGAUUUAUCACAAGAUGAUCAAUUUUUAAAUAGUAAAUAGGCAUAAAUAUUUUUACACACUAUUAUAUAGUUUAGAAUUAAGAAAAAAUGAUAAAAGUAUAAACAAAGCAAUUUUAUAAUAAAACAAUAAAAAAGAAUAGGAAUUAUAAAGUUAUAUUAAAUUUUAUAUGUAUACAGGUUGUUGUAAAAUUUCAAACUUGACAAGGGUUUUGUUUUGGGAGGAUGGAGUCAAGCAGUUACUAGACCUGCUCUUGGCUUUAGGUUAUGUAAAAAAAAUAUAUUGUAUAAAUAUUUUAUUCUUUUUUACUGUUUAAGAAGUUUGUCAUCUUGUAAUUAAAUAAAGGAGACAAUCACAUUGGAAAAGUGUAUUAUGUUAGUUUGGGAGUGGUAACAUUGUGUGACACAGAACUGAAUAUGGAGAAUUGUAAAUACAGAUUUAUAUUGUUUUCAUAUUUGAUUUUUUUUUAUACCAUUUUCCUAGUUUCAGCAUCACAAGUUUGGAGGCCUACAGUUUGGUGGACUUCUGUAAGCCUUGACCUGCGCUUGCUUUGAGAUAGUGAAUAUUGGUUUAUAUAGAUAUUUUAUAAAAUAUACAUGUACCAUCAUUUUUCGUAGUCGCAUGAAAGACCAUUCAAAAAUUUCUAAUAGUUUAUAGAAUUUAUAGUUUACAAUUAUGAUGAUUUAGCUAUUUAUUUGAAAUUGAGAGAAAAAAGUCAAAGUGCUAUAAAAAUAUCAGAAAACAUAUAAAGCAUAGAAAACAGAAUUUGUUAAAAUUGUGAUUUUUUAAUAGUUUUCCUUUGAUAAUCAUGUUGUCAAUAUAUAUCAUAGUUGUUUUUCUUUUGUCUGACAGUAUCAUGUUUAAACCUGUUAUUAUCAUUCUACUGUACAUUUUAAUUUAAUCACAAAAUUAAAUUUGGUUACUUGGGAAACAAUCUUAAGAUAUGUAUGGGCAGUUUCUAAUAACAAAGAGGACAAAACAUUUAAUGUAACAAGAGGGAUAAAGAAUUUUUGUAUAAUAAAUAGAACUUUAGUAUUUGUUACCAUGCAAUACUAUUUCAUCAAUAAAUGUCAUCACAUCCAA